CAAUAUCAACAAACUUCCCUCUGACGCUACGCUAUGACGUCAUCGCAAAACACUAGCACCGCGGCGCCAGCACCAUCCGCACGCUAGCAGUAUUCGCACUCAACUUCUGUUCAAUUGGUACUAGGUUCUUCAAGGUCUCUGUUCGAAACGCGAUUUACCAUAAGCUAACGGAUCGCACGCAACGUCAUUCGAGUGACGUCAGGGGUAUGCCUCAGCUCCCUGAGUGAGGCCACGACGUCACCCUUCCCGCAUUUAGUGUAUUACAGUGACGUCACCUGUCCCGUCUGUAGUAUAAAGCAGUGACGUCACUGCUUUACCUCACACUGCUCACUCACACCUGUCCCGUCUGUAGUACAAAGCAGUGACGUCACCUGCUCCGUCUGUAGUGUACUACAGUAAGGUCAUCCGUCGUAGUCUGCAGUGUGAGUGAGGCCAUGACGUCAUCCUUUCCCGUAUGUAGUGUAUUACAGUGACUUCACCUGUCCCGUCUGUAGUAUAAAGCAAUGACGUCAUCCGUCCGUCCCCGUCUGAAGUGUGACAGUGACGUCAUCCGGCCCAGUCAGCUGAGUAGAGAAGUGACGUCACUCGGUCUGCGGGUGCCCCACCGUCGCUCGGCUGGCCGUACCGGUCACGUGACCAGGUCAUCAGCCAAUCGCCGAGCGGCGCCGACGUCACUCGGGCCGUACUUGAAGGUGGCGGCGCCACCGGAGGCCAGCCAGUCUCUCCCGAGAACAGCCAGUGACGCGACAUGAAGGUGUUCAUCCUGCUGUGUGUGGUGGGCGCGGCGGUGGCGCGGCCCGAGCUGCUGGACGGCCUGGAGCACAGCCACGAGGCGCAUCACGAGCACCCGCAGCCUUACGAGGAGCCGGUGGGACCGCCGCAGCCGUACCAGUUCACCUACCAGGCCGGCCGCUACCCCAACCACGUGGACCGCACCCACAGCGAGAGCCGCGGCACGGACGGCGUGGUGGUCGGCACCUACGAGUACCUGGACCCGCUGAAGCGCGUCGUCAAGGUCGACUACACGGCCGACCAGAACGGCUUCCAUCCCAACGUGCAGGGACCGGUGCCGCAGGCGCCCAGGGAGUCGGCUGCGGUGGCGGCCGCGCGUGAGAACUUCUUCACCCGCUCGGCACAGAUCGUGGCCGAGCAGGCGCGCAUCGGCCAGGAGCACGCCCGGCUGCGGGCGAUCGCAGAGGCCGAGCGGGCCCAGCGCGAGGCCGCCGAGCAGCAGCAGUACCAGUGAGGCGGCCGGCGUUCACGCGCAGCGCCGCCACCGACCGGAGCGCAGCUACUGCGCCCGCUGAUACACAUAAUCGUCCUAGUGUUUCCCGGUCACCGCUUCCCCCCCCCCCCCCCUCCAGCGUAUCACUCGUAGCAUAUUUAUAUGUCCAGUGUCAAUAAAUAUAUGUUCGGUUCCUUUC